AUGGCCUCUGCCGAAGAGCACUCACCGGUCCAGGGUAGUUCAGGGUGCAACUCCACUACCUUAGUCGAUCCAUUAUCAUAUCCACUGCCUUGGGAGUUAGCGUUACGGGUACUGUCAUUUAUCGACUCGCCGAGGAAACUGUCGCAGUUGUAUGGGGUGUCGCGGAGAUGGCAAUCUCUUUGUAGCGAUGAUAUUUUGUGGAUGAAGCUGGUAGAACGCCGCUGGAAGAACAAGCUAUAUCAUCACUUGGACUUGCAUAUUAGAGUUGAUUAUACAAACUUGAUGGAGAGCCUCUCUGUAAAAGAAAUGAAGUCUUUGCUGAAACGCAGACAGGUAUCUGUCGCUGGACUGGUUGAGAAGAGUGAACUGGCUGAUGCUGUUGUAAAGUCGCUGCCACAAUUCAGCCCAACUGUACCAUCCAAGAACAAUUCGGGGAAGUGGAGGACGUCGUAUAUUGUUGCUGAACUCGACUCAAAACGAACCCGUAUUACAAAAAGUGAAGUGACUGGAAUCGAAUGGAAGUUCCGAUUCCGUCAUUGGCAAGAGGGUCUAUUUGUAAAGGCCACGUUUGAUGACAAGUUCAAUUUGGUCAUUCCGGACAUAUUUGACAACGUCAUGAGAUACAGAUUCUUUGAUAAUAACUCGAGUAUUCGAGUUGAGCAAUAUCCUGAAUUGCAUGAUGCUGGAGAGAAUAUUGUUGGUUGGACGUAG